GGAGCGUCACUUUCGCCCUUCCUCACAGACCAACCAUUUAUCUUCUUACGUGCUAACAUCAAAAUGGAAAGAAUAUAAACAUGUGAAGAGCUUUACAAGAAACAUUUUAGCUUCAGACAUGACUUAAAGUUUAACAGAACCUCUCCUGUUAGUAUUAAACGGUAGGUAUUAUAUUUUAAUGCAAAAUAUCUUUGACCAUUUCAACUCUUCUAAAUAUUUGCCAUUUAGAAUGUUCACUUAAAAUCGGGUCGCAACAAUCUUUGUCGAUUUUUACAAAAUCGGAUGAGAUUUUUGUUUUCGUUCUUUAGGAAAAGUACAAGAAAUGGAUGCUGGAAUUGAAAAAUGGAGACAAGACCAAACUGGCUUUCGAUCGGCAGAAACGGUUUGUAUACAUUCUUUGAAUUUUCUCUUUCAAUCGCAAGUGAAAGGUAGCUUCGAAUGGUGAACGCCUCUUCUGCUAUUUCUAUGUUCUCCACAACAGCAGUGAUUCGAAUUUAUAGCUUUCCAAGGCUUAAAUGAUUAGGUUUUAGACCUAUUUAUUAAUUUAGAUAUAAAUUAAUCUUAUUUAUGCACUUUUAUGUGUUUAAUUUCGUCUUUCCUAAUGUUCAUUUUAUUAUUGAUUGCGACAAAUGCCGUCUUUUAUGUGUGUCGAAGGUUAAUUAAGUGAUCCAAAACGUUUUAGCCGUUUCUAUAAUGCAGUGCUUAUUUCAGGUUUAAGUAAUUUGACUUAGAAAUACGAUUAUUCAAUAAAGUAUGAAAAUAUUUGCGAAUUUGCAAGUUAUUUUGUUUAAUAGUAUAUCCACAACACAAGGUUAAGGCAAGUAUUAUUGUAUGCAUAUUGAUCACCACUAACAAACACAAAAGCAUGUAUUUCAUUUGAUGUUGAAGUUGAUGUAGUAUCAAAUGAUUUAGUCAGCCAACUUGGGAUUGUGAGUUUGUUAUAAUAUAUCAAGGUUUUAAUACCUGGGUUAAUUAACCCAAUCAGUAGAUGAUCAUGGGCUCUUGAAUGUGUGUUCCAGAAAUGAAAUGAACAGAACUUAUAUAAACUGGAGAUCCCCCCAAGCUUGGAGAUCAUAACUCAUUAUCGACGACAUAUGCAAUGGGAGGGGGGUUCUCUUAGUAGGUUGAUGUGUAUAUGUUUAAUCCAUAUUAAGCUGCAAUGUGCCCAAAUGCACCCUACUUUAUUGUUUUACUCUGUCUAAUGCUCAUCAAGAGAGAGAGAGAGAGAAAGAGUACCAGAUGUGACCAGAUAUGGUAAUUUGAAUUACUUUUUUGGUAAUUUUUUAUCACCUGAACUGAUAAUUAAAAAUGCCCCUGAAAAUCCUGAUCACACUGCUUGUUUAUAACCCAUUCAGUGGCAGUGUCUCCCCAUGACAAAUAAAAUCAUCUGGCAUUAGACAGAGUAAAACAAUUGAGUUAAAGACUAAUUAUUCUUCUUAACCCAUAUCAGAAAAUCUGGCAUGCAAGAACAGAAAACUUAGGACUGAACUUGUUUUAAUUAUUAUAUUUGAAACAGCACAAUGACCAUAACUUGAAUGAGCUAGGUUAUGGAGGGCAACCAAACUGUGCAUAAUUAUAGGGACCAAGUUUUUUCCCACUGCAGAACAAAACUAUAUCAAAUGAGUAACAGACUUGUAUAGAUCAACAUGAAAUGCACUACCAUGAGAUUGUGACACACCCAUAAAUCAUGCACAACCGAUUACCUUGUUGUAUGUAAUAAAGAUAAGAACAAGAUGUAAUGGCAAUCCAUAUACUUACCUGCCUGCAUGGUUAGGUACAGAAUAGAUCAGCUAAUGAACCUGUAGGGAUUUCAGUUACUUAGAUUUGAGUUAUGUGAACAUGUCCAUUCAGGACCUUACCACUGAAUGUCUAAACCUUGUCACACUAUUAACUAAGUGUUCAGCAGGAAUUCAAAACCGAAAUUCAGCAGUUGUCAUGGAGAAGAAAAAUAUUAAUAUUUGCUUUCUUCUCUAAGAAGAGUACUACUCCAGUUGGGUAUGGUACUACUCCUGUUGGAUAUGAGUACUACUCCACAUGGGUAUGAGUACUAACUUCUGUUGGGUAUGAGUACUACUCCAGUUGGGUAUGGUACUACUCCUGUUGGGUAUGAGUACCACAGGAACUCCAGUUGGAUAUGAGUACUACUCCACAUGGAUAUGAGUACUACUCCUGUUGGGUAUGAGUUAGGGUUAUCCCUUAUUGCUUCUCUAAGAAGCGUACUUCUCCAGUUGGGUAUGAGUUUGGGUUUUCCCUUAUUGCUUCUCUAAGAAGCGUACUUCUCCAGUUGGUAUGAGUUAGGGUUAUCCUUUUUGAUGCAGUUACUACAGUGUUACAACAGCAGGAAACUAGUGAGAGUACUCGAAGAAACGUUCAGAUUGGUAUGGAUGCUCUGGAAGCACUCUAUAUACCAAUGUCUUAGAGGCAAAAUUACCACAGGUGAAAGGUACCUGCAUUAUAUGUAGUCAGUACCUUGAUCAGAUAAUGUAGGGACACAGAGUAAGCACAUACAGAGGUGCAACUUAGCGAAAAACCGUAAAGUGUUUUUUGGCCGCCAUGUUCCAACAUGAAGUUGCACCUCUGUAUGUAUCUACCAUAGAAAUAUUAUUGCUAUGGUAUCUACUCUGUAGUAGGAUUAGGCACAGAAUAAAGACGCACAGAAGGUCGACUCAGCCAAAAAAGCGUAACCGCUGCCACGCCAUGAUUCGUCAUGAAAAUGCUGACGCCAUGGUCCUAGCCAGUGCGCUUAUGAGAGGCAUCCCCUCCUGGACGUCCGCCAUUUUGAGUAUAAUCAGGGGGGUGAAUGUCUCUCAUAAGCGCACUGGCUAGAACCACGCAACUACGCCAAAAUCAUAGGAAAAACCAAGAAGUUGGGCUUCUGUAUAGUCUUUAUAGUGAUUAAGGUCAAGUGAGCACCAAUCAAGUUAUUCACUGUGUCAAUGUUAAUAUCUGUUUACAUGACCCUAAAUCCUAGCAAUAGUUCCUGGAAUAUUGGUAAUCAUUUGACCUUUAAUCUUUUUUUCCGAUAUUGGAUCAUGUUCGGACCGGAAACUAAAGUCCUCGUUCACCAUCUACACCUUGUCUCUUGGGUUUCAAAGUGUUAAGCCGCAUCUUAUUUGUAUUCAUGCCAAAUUUAUUAUUGUUAUCCGGUGGUGAAAUGCUGUAUGUAGACUAUGUAGCAUCUGCAACAUAUAAUAUAAAAUAAUAAACAGAUAUUUGCAUGUGGGCCCUUUGGCGAGAAGCUAUAGUAUAACUAUAUAACACAGUCUACAUUCUACAAGACUAAAAUUAAAAAAUGUUUUAAGUAAACGGAUUGUUUUCAUUUAACUUUUAUUUUCUUAUAUGUCUAUUUCUUAUUGUCUUUAUGGGCUUUACAAAUCCAUGUAUACUGCCACAGACACGAUGUAGAAAUUCUCCAACGUAACCGCUCUUUGUAGAAACUAGAAAACCGCAUUACGUUCAUUUAGUUGUGUAUAUCCUUUGACUUUACUCCAUUAGUAUGAAUAAUAUAAGACCAACCGGGCUUUGUCAAGUAGCUAAUUAAUAAUAAGUACAGUGGCGGUCGUUUCUACAAAGAAGUAUAUUGGCCACACUUGUGUGGCUAACAAACAUACAAAGAGUUGAUUUCCUUUUCAUGUGACGUCUUUCCGGCGUGACCUCACAGUGAUGUAUUUUCAUUUUCCUAUUUCAACAUGGCGACAUGUAAUGUCUCGAGUAUUGCAAGGAAAAGAAUUGUUGGUCGUAUGUGCUGUGCCGGUUCUUCGUCAGGCAGCCUUUGUCCAAGCACACAAUACACUAAGGACGUCUCGUUGCACUAUUUUCCUGAUAAACUAAAGGAUGGUGAACGGCAUGAAGCUUGGAAGGAUUUUGUUAGAAAAUAUCGGCCUGCUUUCAAACCUUCUAAAUCUAAGUCAUCUUCGCUAUGUUCCCUACAUUUCGAAGACAGCUGUUUUGCCAUUCGUAGAGAUGUUGCAAGAGAACUAGGCAUUAGGAUUAGACUUAAUAAAGAUGCCGUACCAACUAUUGAUACGGCAAGUACUAGAAAACCUAAGAAGAAAAAAGUCGCACAUGUGAGGAAGGUAUAGUAUCACGUGUCCACAUUAUAAUAUGGCGUCUGAUCUCUUACAGUGUCUGGAUAUAGCAUAUGAUAUAACGUAGCUACUGGAGUACUGCUAGCAUCGAGUAUGGCAUGUAUUGUGUACUUGGAUGUAUGGCAUGUAUGUACCGGAUGUUUGUGAAUUUUCUGUCACAUUGUCAAUGGAGUUAUAAUAUAAUGCUAAUCAAUACUUAUAAAUGUUAAUUGCUGUACCUCCAGGAAGUCUAGCGUCUAUAGAUAUAGGUUUGAGUAAGCAUAUCGGGAAGCCGCAGACGAUGAGUAACCUGGAGGGAUUAUCAUGUUUCUUCUUUUCCUUUAUAUGUACUAGUCUUGUAUUUGGAAACAUAGAAUUGAGAGAUAUAGUUUGAUUUGCUUGCUCUUGCAAGGUUGAUAAUGUCUGCAGUUGCCCACUAUCUGCUGUGUUCUAAACGCUCAGGGGCUGUUCAUAUGAGCCGCAGGCUGGCCUAGGGAUGAAUCGUGUCGCGAAAUUUUUUCCUGCCCACGAAAGACCGUUUGAAUGAACUCUAUAGACCCAUUGCACUGACGUCACAAAUCCUUUGAGUGUCCUCCAGAUGCUACCUAACAAUAUCUGUUCGGGUACAACAACCACAUACAGCGCAAAAAUUAAACAUUUUAAUACAAAAUUAUUAUAGAGCUUUACAAAAUUUGCUUUGUUUACAAAAGUUAUAUUAUGCAUAGAUUGCUAAUUUGUCCUCCAGACGCAUCCUCACUGGCGCUGUGACGUCAUGUGCAAUGGGUCUAUACUGUUACUGGAAUCAAAUUAAGAGGCAAUGUUUUUCAAUGUCACGUAUUUGCAAUGAAAAGUGUUCAAAACCUAAAAUCUUUUUGGCGUUCCUCUCAAAAUUACUUUGUUUUAGCUUUAUUCUCUGUUGGUGAUUGACACUCGGUGGCGACUUAACGGUUUUCCUUGAAAACUUUCGUUUACUUGUCGUAAUUUAGUGUUACCCGUUGUAAAAGUUUCAUGUCGCUAUUGUGGUGUUCUUGUCAUGUGUUUCUUUUCGUAUUUCAAAUGUUAUUUAUGCACUAAAGGAGCGUCUUUAUUUGCUUGUGUGUCCUUUUAAAAUUGAAAAUGAUAAUAAUUGUCGAUUGGGGUAUACAGUAUUACUGCAGGCAGAUCCACUGAUUUCAAAUUUGUAUUUUCAGGUACCCAUACAAAACAAAAGUGACGAGCAACCAAAGUUGCAAGUUUCUAAAAGGUGUGAAACCGUUAUUCUGUAUUAGGAAUGUAUCUUACUGUAUUUUUAAUUCUGUCCGCUUUUAUUUUUUUUUGAGUAUGGUAAUUGAAAAUUUGCAAAGUGACUUUGGUUCAUUUUUCCCAAUGCAUGCUUUCUGUUUCAAACUAUUAAAGAUGUUUUUCGUUUUAAAAUUUACAAAAUGUAUACCAUAGCGAACCUGAUUCUAUCAAGCUUUGUGCCAUAAUCCCAUCUUGUCGAAACGAUUGUGACGAUUAUGUGUAAAUAUGGCUUGUUUCUAUUCAAAGGGAAAGAAAAGUAAAAGUCAAUGUAUGAAUUACGGAUAAAGAGUUUUGAUACUAUAAACUAUUGAAAUUAUUUCCAGUAUUAUUUUGUCUGAUGACAUUGAAAUAAAGACGAAAAUUUGCAUUUCAAAAACUUAAUUUGUAUUUUGAAUUUUAAGAUGGCAUUACUUUUGCGAAUUUGGUUUAGCAUUUAUUCGUGGUUUUUGGUUUAUCCAAUUAACAAUAUUUGAUAAGCACCUUUCGUUUUAGCUUUGAUACUUUUACUUCACUUUUCAUCAUUUCUAAUCCUUUUCUACCUGUCCUUUCACAGGAAACUGUCCCGGCUGGAUAAACCACGUAAAGUUCUCAAAUCUGACUCAACUAUCUCUUAUGACAGACGGAAUAACGUGAAUCACACACAAGGAAAGCAAUUUUUAACUGAUGGUUUUCAGUGUACAUUCAUUCAAAAUACGCCCGAGAUUAUUCCCAUUAAUGAUGACGUUCAACCUCAAGAUUAUGAAACAUCCACAUUGUUUUCAGCGCAACGACAAGGUAAUUGGGUUUUUAAAUGGAACAAGCAUGUCUUUAGGAGACAGAGCGAUACAUGCAACUGAAGCGACGUGGUUUCAGACGUCGCAUUUUGCAUUUAUCGAAUUUAAUUUGGUUGGGCGUAGCUUCAAAGACUUCAUGUAAUGUUAUUGAAACGUCACAUGUAGACACUUUGGAAAAAGAUAAAUCUUUGGAUAUUUUUAUUUUCCUACAAAUUUAGGCUUAAAAUAUUCUUACGACAUUCUUAAAUUUCGGAGUACAGUACCAUAAGCUACAGUAUCUACAGUUGUUUGUACAUUCAUCACAGCAUAGUAUUUCAUACUUUCCUCUGAAAGAUGUUCUUUGAAUGAUCUUGGGUAUCGUAUAUUCUUAGUAAAAUCUUUAAAUUUUGCCCAUUUUAACCUUAAUAUUCUUAUAAACGAGAUUUUUUUGAGGCUUUAAUGUCUGAAGCUUUACGUCAUUCCAUGCCACGCCCAAGUCAAAUUGAAUUCAAUACAUGCAGGCGUCGAAAAUAUAGUUCGACUUGAUGCGAAUUGUAUUCGACACAUCAAAAUGCGACGUUUGAACCAAGCCUUAGUUUAAUAUCUUAACAACUAAUAUAUUCAUUGAACAUAUAUUUUCAAAGAUUGUAACUCCGACGAACUCCCUCUUGGUCCGCAGGCGUUCGGCCUUGUUCCAGUCCGCAAUCCACCACCACCGUCUCAAAGCACCUCGUGUCACUGUAAUUGUCACACUCAACUGGAGAAAAAAUUCUGCGUCUUAGAAAGGAAGUUCACGUUUCUUCAAAAUAAACACGAUAUUCUACAACAAUCUCACGAUAAAUUAUCUCAACUUGUCGAGGCUCAGAACCAUCUACUGGCCUGUCAUACGGCUCCUCCUCCUACGCGAGAGGCUCUGGCCAAUUUUACUUCACAAGAGAAUAAAUUCAUCAAGUCACCCAACAUCGAGCCUUCGAGCCCCCCACAAUUAUCUACGCCAGUCAACGAUCGAUCACACACACGACCCUUCUUUGAAACCCCAGAUUUGCCUCCCGACACCUCGCCCAAUGGUGAGGAACAAUUUUAUACUUUACCAAGACGAGCAACGGCCCGAGAUAUCAUUCGUUUAUGGGAGGAAGGCAGUCGUGCUUUACCUCCAGUAAAGAACUGGUCACCUGCUCAGAAAAUGAAAGUACAAAGCAAGUUAGCACGUUGGAAGAAAAUUAUUGAUAUACUGAAAACGGAUUGUGAUGGUGAUAUGAUGUUGUUUGAAGAAAAAUACUCAAAUGGAAACGGAGAUCUUUUACCAGUUACGACCAUCCUGGCUCUUCAUGAAAAUCAGUUGUCUUCACAGUUUCUGAGUAAAGGUUUCAGUAAUGUCAAGCAGAAUACCAUUGAACUGAAAUCUCCUGGUGAAUGUAAGAGCGAGUUCGUGAAUGAGCCCAACGCCGAAGAUAGCAUGUCCCAGGAUGCUGCGGUCCCUGACGAUGAGGCCACGAACAGGUACGUCCUCCCACGAAAAGUCACGGCACGUGAUGUUGUACAGCUGUGGGACGUCGGCUGUGACGAAUUCCCUCCGAUUGGCACGUGGAGUAAAGCACAAAAGAUUGGCCAAGAGACCAAAAUCUUCCGAUGGAAAAAGAUUGUAGACCUGUUUAAAAUAGAUUGUAAUUCAGAUUGGGAUAUGUUCUGUGAACGAUACUCGAACGAUAAAGGUGAACUGUUGCCAUUGGCGACGAUACUUGCGAAGCAUGAGGCGAUGUACACCCAAGAGCAUGCAAUCCUUGAGAAACAACCGCCAGCAACCACCCGCAACAGUACAACACCUGUGACAACACCUACAACAAAACAUGUGACAGCAAGUUCCCCACCCGACACGCCCAAGAGUAACACGCCCACAGCAUCUGUGUCUCCGAAGCUCGAGAAAUCUCCACGGGACCCCGACACUGUGAUUCUACCGCGGAAGGUCACCGCGUUUGAAGUGGUACGAUACUGGACCGACGGUUGCGAGACCUUUGGGCCAGUCAAGGACUGGACUCGAGCGCAGAAGAUGGGCCAAGAAACGAAAAUUAGCAGAUGGAAGAAAAUUUACGAAAUUUUCCGCUACCAGUGUUGUAGGGACUGGGACGAGUUCUGCCGAAGAUACACGAAUCAGCGUGGCGAAUUGUUGCCUAUAGCAACGAUUUUAGCGAAGUACGAAGCGGAGAACCCGGUAGGAGCUCCGAGUUAUAAGCAACACGAGAAUGAAUCCCACGAGAAUGUUUCCCCGGGUUUUGCUUCUCAAGUUAUCGGCGAAAGUUGUGCAACGAGCUUUACUGAUAAUGGUUAUACACUACCUCAAGCAGUUGGUAUUGAUAUCAUUGUUACCGAAGCAGGAGAGUACGUAUUGCCCGAUCAGCUUACAGCUGUCCAAGCUUUGGCACUUUGGGAGCAUGGGACGGAACAAGUACCACCCAUGAAAAAUUGGUCGGACGAACAAACGCAACAGCCUGAGCUGCUUGACAACUUCCGCCGAGUUGCGGAGAUAUUUGAAAGAGAUUGUGGCAGCCAUUUUCGCAGGUUUCUCGACAGAUUUUCCGAUACUAACGGAGAACUGUUACCAAUAACUGGGAUUGUUUACUCCAGCCACUGCAGGAAAUACUCGCAGUUUUUUACUGAAUACCAAAAAAAUGUUAAGCAUAGCCGUAGCCGGGGGGAACAAUACGAACUGCCGAAACGAGUUGGCGCGAAAGAAAUUGUAUGGCUGUGGGACCACGGCUGUCGAGACUUUCCCCCCGUUAAAACUUGGUCAUCGGCCCAGAAGUUGCGUUACACCACCAAGUUAUCGCGAUGGCGAAAAAUUGCGGAUAUUUUUCACGAGAAAUGCGACAGUAAUUGGCGAAUUUACGAAGAGAAAUACUCCAAUGCAAACGGAGAAUUGCUGGCUCUUUCCACAGUGAUUUCCAUGCAAGAUGAAACGGAGAGUGAAAGUUACGCUUCCAUGAUUAAACGUUCUCCUGAACACAAUGGCAAGGUCUGGAAUGCCGAAUCACAAUCAAGUAGUGGGAUUGAAAUGAACAGUGAGAGUACUGUGGGUGGUAAUGGGGGUAAUGUGGUGACCAACGAGGCUGAUGUCGGUCAGAAUGAAAGCACUGAUCAGUCUAAGGAGUUUUAUCUUCCGAAGAAAGUGAACGCUUUAGACAUUAUCAAUUACUGGGAAAAUGGUUUUGGUGAUAUGCCACCAGUUUCAGAAUGGACUACGCUCCAAAGAUUUCGUCAGCGAAGUAAGAUAUCUCGUUGGAGUAAGAUCUAUGAUAUAUACAAGAAUCAUUGCCGAGGAAACCUUGAUGGAUUUGAAAAGCUCUAUUCGGACGAGAACGGGCAACUUCUACCUGCCACCACCAUCAUUUCGAUGUACGAAUCGCGUGUCGACGCGGAUCAGUAUAGCGAGAACGAAACGCUGCCGAAAGGACCGGUCGUGCGGAAAUAUGCUCUACCGCGGAAGGUCGAUGCCAAAGAUAUCGUUCGUCUGUGGGAGGAAGGCAAUGAACACUUUCCACCCAUCGCUGCGUGGACCAAAGCGGACAAAAUCGGUCAGGAAACAAAGAUAUUUCGCUGGAAAAAGAUUGUGGAUAUUUUUAAGAACCACUGUGACUGUGAUUGGGAAUACUUCGAAGAUUUAUUCUCCAACGAAUUUGGUGAACUUUUACCAACUAGUGCAAUCAUAGCUAAGUUUGAAACGAGUUUUUUAAAACGUUAGUUUUCUCGUGGUAGAUCGAGAACGGACCUUACAAGUGUUUACGUCAUGUGAGUUUCAAACAAUGAAUUAUUGACCCACGAGUAUCCCACAAUGCUCUGUGCAGAAAUCUUCUGUAUAAAAAUUGCCUGACGUAAGCACUUCUAAGGUCUAUUGGUGUAACAUAAAAAGAUAAGACACCGAAUAUAGACCUUACAGAAGACUCAGCCAUUCGCAAUGAUUCGUCGUCAAAAUGCACUCGCCAUGUUCCUGGCAGGUGUGCUUACGAGAGACAUUCUGCCCUCGCACGUCCGCCAUUUUGAAUAUUUUCAGGGGGACGAAUACCUCGUAAGCGCACUGGCUUCACUGGCUAGGAACAUGGCGACAGCAUUGCAAUAGUUACGUCAAAAUCAUAGGCAAACCCAACAACUCUGUUUGCUGUCAGCUCUCUAUACGACUUAGGCCAAGUUUCUUGACAUUCAUGAAUUCUGAUUGAGUUUGGUUGCAUGAACAACACCAGAAUAUUUGUUCAUAGACGAAAGUGACAAACGAAUAACAUACUAGAUUUAUAAUUUUAUACUGAAACAGUUGUACAUUUUUACUCAAAAUGAAUAUAUGUGUAUUUUCAAAACUAUUGUAUUUAAAGCGUGAUGAAGCAUUUUUUGACAUGAUAUUAUAAAU